AUGCUCGCCGAUCCCGUCUCCGCCGCCUCUUGGCAGCCCUCGCAAGUUGUCUUCACAGUCCUCAUUAGCGUGAUCAUGGGCAUGGAGAAGCUCACGUUCUGGAAGUGCGCCGCCAUGCUGCUGACCGUGGCGGGUGCGCUGUGCCUGGGCUUGGUGAGCGGCAUCAGCCACCAGGAGGAAAGCAGCAAUGAUCAGUCGAGCCGCGCCAUCGGCCAGUUCUUUUUCUUUGCGAACUGCCUGGCCUCCUCGCUCGAGGUCAUCUUCUGGAGGAGGCUUCUGUGGCGAGCCACAGGUGAGCUCGUGCAUCUCACCGUCAUGGCCGAGAGCUACCUCGUAGCGGCAUGCUUCAUGGCCACGGCAUGCGUCAGCAUCUCGUUUUCGCCUACCGCGGUCGACUUCCUGUGCCCCGCAUGCGAGGGCGACCCCUGGCACGUCCCCCCGAGCGCUCUGCUGUCUAUCGGCUACUCGGUCCUUUUUCAGACCAUCGUGGCCUACUGUGCCCAGGCGUGGGCGCUCAGGUACGCUCCGGCCUCCCUGGCGUCCUUCUAUGCCACCGCGCAGCCCAUCAUGGCGACAGCUGUCACCUGCGCCCUGCUGCUCGUCGGGUUCAACCCCGAUGGGGUGCUCGACUGGCCGUCAUUCGAGUUGGUUGGGGCAGCAUUCAUCAUUGCUGGUCUGUUCGUCAACGAGGCCGGCAGCAGAAACAAUGGAGAGAAGGACCAUGGCUCGGACGACUCGGCCGUGGACUCGGACGGUGAGUCUUCGCAGUCAAGCGACGAGUCGUAA